AUGAUAUUCCUAAUAUUUGCUCUUGCACAAGGGUUACAUCUUGGGGUGGCUGAUCCAUGCACUGACUAUAAAGAAUUGCCGUUUGCAGACUUGAGAUUUGUGAAUAAUAUAUACAAUAUAGCAGAUGAUCCAGUGUUGGAGAGGCAGGUGUCUUGUUCAGUUAGGGCAAGGACAACAACAAAGGGUCCUCCAGGGUCAUCUAUGAAAAGUGCCGAGGUAUUCAUUGGAAUAAAGGUGCAAACUAGAUUUAGAUCGUGUGACUAUGACAACGUCCAUAGAGGUGGUCCGCCUUUCUGUGUUUGGGGAGUGGCCGUACAAGCUGGAAGAGAUGUCUUUGUAAUUGACAGAAAAAGUGGUUACGCAAACUACAGGGUCUGUAACGACUCUGCAUUAGACGUCAGGCAAAAGGGCACAACAUUGUAUCGGCUGUCUAAUUCGACUGAAUGGACCGAUUCAUCGAGGGAGGCGCUACAGAGCAGUUGUCUGGCAGAAUUAGAGCUAAAUACGACCUUAGAGACGAAAGGCGUGACUGGAAAACCUUCAAUAGCUGCAGCCAUCAAAGAAAUCGCGUGUCCUGGGAAUUGUUCUGACUUCGGAACGUGUGACUGUGACGAUGGAUUCGGAGGACCAGACUGUUCUAUAGAUUUAAGUAUACCACCAUUCUUUGAGGAACUUCUGGACGACGGAAUGUGUGACAAACAGAGAUGGGAAUGUGAUUCUGCAAUGGCAACCGGAGACGAUUUUUUAGCGAAAGGACAUCUAAAAUGUAACAUGACACCUUUCUGGUAUGAUAUUAACGGAGUAGUGCAUGAAGAAAAAGGAACUAUUGUAACGGCUGAGAUUCAAACCUUCAUGAAUCUUUUCUGCCCUUUGACGAUGACCAGACGGAAGAGGGACACUUCCGGCAAUCACGUCGACAACAACACCUUUAUUGAGGGGUACCACGUGGCCCUCAGUAAUGACGGUAUCCACUUUGGUGAUUUACACACGUUAUUUAUAUUUGACUCUAAAUGCCAGACCCCGAUGUCAUACAGAGGAAAGCAAGCAUUUGUCCUGAAGGAAGGUUACUGUUUCAUAAACAACAAAUGUACCGUCGAGAAUGACGUUAACCCUGCCGAUAUAUGUCAGAUGUGUAACCCAGCGGCAUCGUCUUACAAGUGGUCUAAAAGGACAACCAUGGCAGAGUGUAACCCUAUGGUUCCAGAAGAGGAGAGUGACUACCUUUGGGUCAUUGGUGUUGUGGCAGGUGUAAUAGCGGCAGUCGCUAUAAUCGGUCUCGUCAUGUGGAAGAUCAAAGUCCGAAAAGUAGAAAAAGUGAGCGAUUCUUCGAUGUUCAGCGACACAGUAAAAGGUCGAGGAUAAAGACGUGACCAUGGUCCAGGUUACUCUAACCACCUAUCUAGUGAGAUAUGGCACUGAACAGUUGUGUAUCACAUCUAAAGUUUAUUCUAGCAAGGUACAUUGAAUACAACUGGCUGAUGUGUAUUUGUACAAAACCUUAUAUAUCCUUCAUUAAUAGUAUAUAUAGUUUUUGCCUAGUCAUAUCUAUUUUUGUAGAAAUGUGUGUUCACGCAAUUUAGCUAAAAUGAAAUUAUAUGUACAUGUAGUUGUAUCCACCAUAAAAGGAAUAUUCGCACAAGUUGCAAUUUUUUCUGAUAUAUACCUUUUCUAAUAAAUGGAAAGCAGUUAUAUAUCUUUCCUGUGGUCAGUUUGGUCGCAAAAACACCCAUGGCAAAUAUGAAAUUAGAAAAUCUAGAAAAGCGUAUCGGGGAAAACGGAACUGAAAGUUCACUGGAUCUUAGAUUGUAUUCAAAAUAUUGGGUAAAUAAAAAGGUGUAUAUGCUGUUCACUUCCAAUUUAUGUCGGGAUUGCAAUUCAAUCUCACCGCUUAGGCUCUUUUCCUGCCAGAACCACGUGAAAGUUUGUAAAUCGACUAUAAAAUCGACUAUAUCUAUAAAAGACACAAAUUAAAUGUCAUAUGUCUGUUAAUACCGUGAACAUAUGGAUACGAUUUCCAUCAAACAUCGUAAGUAGAUACUUGUGCACUGUUAUAUAUAGAGGUUACACAACGAGUGAUUGGUGGAUAUGGAAUUUAUUUCACACGAGUAAGUUAUUUUUUAAAAGUUACAAAAGACACGAGC